AAUAUCAUGUCGCGUUUCCGAUUGAAGAAAAAGACGGGUUUAAAGAAGCAUGAGCCACAACACGAGUCACAGCAGCAGCAGCAUGAUCAGCAAGACACACGGCCUCCACUGAUCCACGCACCCGUUCCCCUCGUCCUCCCCCAGCACCAACAAGCCCUAACGAAGCUCGGCUGGACGACAAUCAGCUUCCCCAACGACGCCUCAGAACAUGCGUCCACAAACUCAGUUUCCAGUGCGCCCGCACCUGCACCCGGCGCGCACCCGCUCCAAGCCGCAUACGAAGCCCUCUUCGCCGCCAGCCAAACCUUCUUCGCCCUCCCCGACUCGGAAAAAGCCCAGUGGAAACACCGCCUCGGCUCCGAAGAAGGCUGGUCCAAGAUCCCCGGCGAAAAGGAAUUCAUCACUCUCCGCUCGCUCGCGUACUGCCCAGAUGUGCUGCGCGCGCCAGCCCAACGCUACUGGGCGCUCAUGGGCCAGCACUGCGCGAGCACGCUCGGCCGCAUGUCGAUUGCACUGGGGUUGCCUGACGCGGAGAACGAGGGGCUCCGCCAAUUCGUCGGGCCGUGUGCACGCAUGCCUGAGACGGAGGACGGGAAAACAGCGACCAUGCUCCGGCUGUUUAGGUACGAGGGCUGGGAAGCUAAAGUCGUGGCGGAGCCGCAUGCAGACCUGGGUCUUCUCAGCGUCGUCGUGGGUGAUGUACCUGGCCUCGAGGUGUGGGAUGGCGCAGCCUGGUUCGAUGUCGAGAGGGCGGUGCAGAGGGGAGGCGGAAAAGGCGCUACUAUGCUGGUUGGACGGCAGCUGGAGCGCCUGGCGAACAAGAGGUUUGUGGCGGGUGGCCAUCGGGUGGUUGCGUAUGGGGGGUUGGGAGCUAGCUCGGAGUCUGGGACGGAGGUUGAGAAGAAUGCGUAUCGCCAUUCGAUUGUUGUUGUGCUGCGGGCUCAUGAAGACACGAUUAUCAGGUCUGAGGCGCUGGAGACCGACGUCACGGGGAAGUGGGCGCAACCUAUGGAUGGAGAGACAGCUGGUGAGUUGUAUGAGAUGAUUAAGCGGCAGCAUUUUAAUAUCAAUGUCGAUGUUGAGGAGAGGGAGGCGCAGAGGAGGAGGUUACAGGAGAAGAAGAAUGUAGUGGGGGAGAGUGAGUAGCGUGGGUGAGGGCAUUUACAUGGCAUUGGGAUAAGAGGUCAUGUGUGGCUGGGCGAUAUCUUCGUUUCUUACUAUAAUAUUUGAUACAUGAUGUGUAUUACAAGGUCACCAG